GCGUCUCCUUUAUCCAAAUGUCCGCCACCUUGUUCCCUUUCCUUCGAACGAAAUCUCUCAGUCCCAGUGUUCUCCUUCGUGGGGCUCACUCUUCGAGAGUAUCCUAUGCCCAGAAAAUUCAAGCCCACAACAAUUCCAAGUUCAAGCGAUGUUAUUCACAGUUUCGUUCAACACAAGACAGAACUGCUGUAGGGGUAUUCACACCGACAGCUGCUGCCGUCUUUGUGGUUACGGGUGUUGGUCUUUUCUACUAUUUCAGGCAUGAAAAAGCAAAGCUCCUGGAGCAACGCCAAAAAGAGAUGGAAGAAAAGAGUGUUGGACGUGCCCAUGUCGGAGGGCCGUUUGUGCUCACGACCCAUGACAAUAAAUCUUUCUCGGAGAAGGAUUUAUUAGGGAAAUGGAGUAUGAUGUAUUUUGGAUUUACGAACUGCCCCGAUAUCUGCCCUGCUGAGUUGGACAAAAUUGGCGGUAUAGUCACCUCAUUGGAAAAGGACUAUGGACGGAUAUUCCAACCCGUCUUCAUUUCUGUCGACCCCGCUCGCGAUAGCGUGCCCCAGAUGGCGCGUUACCUGUCUGAUUUCCAUCCUCGUAUUCUUGGUCUAACAGGCGAAUAUGCUACUGUCAAGCAAACUUGCAAAGCAUACCGAGUGUAUUUCUCUACACCUCCCAAUGCAGAUCCAGCUGGCGACUACCUCGUUGAUCACUCAAUAUACGUUUAUCUUAUGGACCCGCGAGGUAAUUUUGUAGAGGCAUUUGGGCAGAGCAGCACGGAAGAAGAGGUUGUUGAGAGGGUACGAAAAGAAAUAGGGAAAUGGGAAGCGCAGACAGGGAAGAAGGUGUAGAGGGCGACCCGUUUAUUCUAUAGCCUCAACAUAUUUACUAGCACCACUCGCUCAUCUAAUAGCAGUAUCUCCACUCAGCUAAUUUGCACUACGACGUAAGGCUUGAAGUUUAUGAAGUGGUGUUGCAAGAUUGUGUUUAGCAUCUUGGAGUGUACAUGACAGAAAUUCUAAGCAUCUUCUGUCUCCUCUGCUCUCUGCAACUUGAGCUUCGACAUUUUCUUCAUCCGUCGCAUCAUGUCAUCGUACUGGCACUUUUCGUACGUAUGCCGCUCAUCGUUGCACUCCCAGGGGAGAUAGCUAUUCUUUCUACGGCAUGUGUUCAAAGGGAUAAGCAGCGCUGAGCACUGAUCUCUCCAUGCAAUGGGCACACUGGCUGCCUUUAAUUCCUCCUGGGAUGCUGUCUGUGCUGAUGGCAUAGGUAAAAGCUCUAUAGUUUUACUACAGAAUGGAUCGGAACAGGUGCGU